CUAAAAGGAAAGUGAAGAAGAAGAAGAAGCUCAGAAGGAGAAAUGCGGAGAUUCUUGGGGAGGAAAUGGAUGUCAACCUCAACCGUUGGAUGGUGGGACAACGUAGUUCCCGCUCCCAAGGAUCCUAUGUUGUCUGUUACAGAGGCCUUCCUCUCUGACACUCACCCUAAAAAGAUCAAUCUCGGAGUGGGAGCUUUUCGUGAUGAUGAGGGAAAUCCGGUUGUGCUUCAAUGCGUUCGAGAUGCAGAAGCGAGGGUCGCUGGUGCGGAGUACUUGGAGUCGCUUUCUAGGCAAGGCAGUCUGAAACUAGUUAUGGAGAGCGUGAAACUCGCUUAUGGGGAGAAUUCGGAUGUAGUAAAAGAGGGAAACUUCGCAGGUGUCCAAGCUAUUUCUGGCACGGACGCAUGCCGUCUAUUUGCAGAGUUCCAAAGGAGAUUUCAACCUGAGUCACGGAUCUAUCUACCGGUUCCAACUUGGCCCAAUCACCAUAACAUAUGGAGAGAUGCCCAAGUGCCCCAGAGGACCUUCCAGUACUACAACCCUGCAUCUAAGGGGUUACACUUUGCAGCACUCAUGGAUGAUGUCAAGAAUGCACCGAAUCGUUCUUUUUUCCUACUUCAUCCUUGCGCUCACAAUCCAACCGGCAUUGAUCCUACUGAUGAACAGUGGCGAGACAUAUCAUAUCUAUUCAAGGUGAAGAAUCACUUCCCCUUCUUUGACAUGGCUUAUCAAGGUUUUGCUAGUGGAGACCUCGAGAAAGAUGCCCAGGCAAUUCGGAUCUUUCUGGAUGAUGGGCAUUUGAUUGGCUGUGCUCAGUCAUUUGCAAAGACAAUGGGUUUAUAUGGACAACGAGUGGGAUGUCUCAGUGUCCUUUGUGUGGAUAAAAAUCAAGCAACUGCAGUCAAAAGCCAGCUGCAGCAGAUUGCCAGAGCAAUGUACAGCAACCCACCUGUGCAUGGAGCGUUACUGGUCUCCACCAUCUUAGGUGAUCCAAGCUUAAAGAGUCUCUGGGUUAAAGAGGUGAAGGUCAUGUCAGAUCGCAUUAUGAAAAUGCGUGCUGCUCUACGUGAUAAUCUUGAAAAAUUGGGAUCUGCUCGCACUUGGGAGCAUAUAACUAACCAGGUUGGAAUGUUCUGGUAUAGUGGUUUAAACCCUGAACAGGUUGAUCGACUUAGAAAUGAAUUCCAUAUUUACAUGACACAUGAUGGUCGUAUCAGCAUGGCGGGUGUCACCACAGGAAAUGUGGACUAUUUGACAAAUGCAAUUCAUGAAGUCACUAAAUCUGGUUAGAGAGCCAGAAGAUAUUCUGUAAAUACUAAUUCUAUCAUUCAUUAACAGAAUAAGGCAGAAUUAAUUCACUUGCUUUACGGUUUCCGUGAUUCACUCUGGCCACUCCAGCGCUAGGAAAGCUGGGAAGUACCUGAAAAUGAAUACUGGGCUAUAAUAUUUUGUCAUUCCUGUUAGUUACAAUGCUUUCCAGGGAUUACAUCCCAUCAAGACUGAAUAGCAUGUUCGCUGAAGCCGUUUCACAGGUGCUUCAAGGAUUGGGGUUUACAGAGGGUUCAACUUGUAAUUCACUUGGUCUGUGUCAUUCGAGUCCAGCUUUGCUAUUCGGU